AUGACCAGCACACCCGCCCCCCGUGUCGAAGAUUGGGCAUUUGCUCCUAACAACCGUGUGCUACAUCCCCUCAGUGCUACUGGUUUCGAAGGUUGGCAGCACAGAAGUCUUGAGGAGAUCCGUGAGGCUCUCAGAGCGAAGGCUACUACUUCUGUCAAGUCUAUCCACGCUGAGAGGUCUGAAACCCCUUUGGCUGAGCCCAAGAUUGCAACCGUCUGA